AAGGUAAACACAUGAAAUAAAAGAAAGUAGACUAUCAACUAUAAAUAUGUGAUGUUUUGGUGCAUUAUAAUAUAUAUAGUCUUCUGUGUUCUACAUUAUUUUUGUCUUGGCUUUAGCUCUGUAUGUUUGCUUUACAAUUGUCAGGAAAUUAAGCGAUCUUAUUAGGCAAAUAUGGCUAAUCCGUGGUGGACUGGACAGGUAGGGUUGCUACCAGGAAUCGAUCCGAGGGCUUCUCCUCUGAUGCUGAACAACAAAACGCAACACGAUCUAGAAAUGAAUAACAAUAACAGCGGUGGUGAUGAUGAGGAUGAGAGAGAUAAUUGCGAUGAGCCUACGGAAGGAGCUGUUGUUGUGGGGUCUCGAAGACCAAGAGGCAGGCCUCCGGGUUCCAAGAAUAGGCCAAAACCACCUAUAAUUGUGACACGUGACAGCCCUAAUUCGCUUCGUAGCCAUGUCAUGGAGAUCGCCAGUGGAACAGACGUGGCAGAGAGUAUAGCUCAAUUUGCACGGAGGCGACAGCGCGGCGUUUGUGUCCUGAGUGGCAGUGGAUCCGUGGCUAACGUCACCCUACGGCAGCCAGCUGCCCCGGGGGCUGUAGUAGCCCUUCACGGAAGGUUCGAGAUUCUGUCCCUGACCGGGGCCUUUCUGCCUGGACCCGCGCCUCCCGGGUCAACAGGCCUUACCGUGUACUUGGCUGGAGGACAAGGACAAGUCGUCGGAGGAAGUGUGGUGGGGCCACUUGUUGCAGCAGGACCUGUCAUGGUAGUUGCUGCUACUUUUGCUAAUGCAACUUACGAAAGAUUACCACUAGAAGAUGAUGAAGAAGAGGGAAUCGUAGCUGGAAAUAGCGGUGGCUCACCGCCUGAUAUUGGAAAUAGCGGUGGUGGAGGACCCCAUUCAGGCGGCUAUCCGGAUCCUUCAGCUCUUCCAAUUUAUAAUUUGCCACCUAAUUUGGUACCUAAUGGUGGCCAAAUGAGCACUCAUGAUGCAUAUGCUUGGGCUCAAGCUUCUCGGCCGCCUUAUUGAGAUGAAAAAAAAUAAUUUCGAAAAAUUUGCUGCUUCUUGUCAUUGAAGGUUAGAAAGUAAGUUGAAACCUGUGUGCAUUUGCAAUGUAGUAUAUAUAGAAUUUCUGAGUGAUGUGAAGAGAGCAAACACAUGCUGUUCUCUACAUAAUUUGUAUAUAGUGAACUUUUUUAUAUUUCGAUUGGCUCUGUGUUUGCAAUAAAAUGUUGCUUUGCUGUGUAAUCGCUUUGUAGUUUAUGAUUAAUGUAUGUACUUUCAUCAUGAAUGAAUACAUUUUCUUUACCCAA